ACACACACACACACACACACACACACACACACACACACACACACGCGCGCGCGCGCAUUAAAGCCAGAUCCCAAACCGCCUUCCCAUCAGUCCACUCUCUCACACACCCUCUUUUCAACCUCUCUGUGUGGGGUGCUUUUCUUUGGCUUUGGCAAUGCCAGGUUUAGCGAACGGAUAUCACAGCCCCAUGGAGGAGAACAAACUGAAACUUCCUCUCCACCCCUAAAGAACGCACUGUUGACUGCUGUCAUUGUCUCUGGCUUUAAAUGUCCACUACCAUGGCCAAACGUGAGGCUGGGAGCGCCAGCCCCGUUGUGCGUCAGAUAGAUAAGCAGUUCCUGGUUUGCAGCAUCUGUUUGGAUCACUACCACAACCCCAAGGUCCUGCCCUGUCUGCACACGUUUUGUGAAAGCUGUCUCCAGAAUUACAUUCCUCCGGAGUCUCUGACGCUCUCGUGCCCUGUGUGUCGGCAAACGUCCAUCCUGCCCGAGAAAGGAGUGUGUGCUCUACAAAACAACUUCUUCAUCACUAAUCUCAUGGAGGUCCUCCAGCGUGAGCCGGAGUGUUCACGGCCUGAGGCCUGCAGCGUGUUGGAGUCGGUCAGCGCUGCAGCAGCAGGGAAGCCCCUUUGCUGCCCAAACCAUGAGGGAAAGGUGAUGGAGUUCUACUGCGAGUCUUGUGAGACAGCGAUGUGUUUGGACUGCACAGGGGGAGAGCACCGGGAUCAUAUGACUGUUCCUCUGCGGGAUGUGGUGGAGCAGCACAAAGCUGUGCUAAAAACACAGCUUGAUGCCAUUUGCAGCAGGCUUCCUCAGCUGACGGCAGCCAUCGAGCUGGUGAGCGAGAUCUCCCGGCAGCUGAAUGAAAGAAAAACUGAUGCAGUAACAGAGAUCAACAGUACGUUUGAAGAGCUGGAGCGGGUGCUGCAUCAACGCAAGACAGCCUUCAUCACAGACCUGGAGAACAUCUGUAGCACCAAGCAAAAGGUCCUCCAUGCCCAGCUUUCUUCUCUUCUCCAGGGGAAGGAACACAUCCAGAGCAGCUGCAGCUUCACAGAACAGGCUCUAAGCCAUGGGAAUGCAACUGAGGUAUUGCUAGUUCAGAAGCAGAUGAGUGAGCGGGUCACUGCUCUGGCCAGACACGACUUUCCAGAAAAGCCACAUCAGAACGCACAUCUAGACUGUCAGGUGGAGACCGAAGGCCUGCGGCGCUCCAUCCAGAACCUGGGCGUCCUCCUUACAACCUCAGCCGUGGCACACACUUCUGUCGCCACAGGAGAGGGACUUCGACAUGCAGCAACUGGGCAGCACCAAACCGUUACUGUAACGACAAAAGACAAAGAUGGAGAGCUGGUGCGUACGGGAUAUGCUGUUUUAAAGGCUGAGAUAUUGUCGGCUGAUGGUAACAGAGCUGCAGAAACGGAAAUAAUGGACAACAAGAAUGGAACGUAUGAGGUGGGCUACACGUUACGAUCUGAAGGAGAGUACUCAUUCUGCCUGCUGCUGUACGGUCAGCCCAUAUGUGGCAGCCCGUUCCGCCUGCGGGCGGUCAAGCCGUCAGACGUGCCCCAGUCCCCCGAUGAUGUCAAAAGGAGGGUUAAGUCCCCCAGCGGGACGGGGGGCCACAUCCGUCAGAAAGCUGUGCGGCGGCCUUCCAGCAUGUACAGCACCACCAAGAAAAAGGAGAAUCCCAUCGAGGACGAGCUCAUCUACAGAGUAGGUUCCCGGGGCAGAGAAAAGGGUGAGUUCACAAAUCUGCAAGGAAUCUCUGCCUCCAGCAACGGUAGAGUGGUGGUGGCUGACAGCAACAACCAGUGCAUACAGGUAUUUUCCAAUGAUGGGCAGUUUAAAAUGCGUUUCGGGGUCAGAGGCCGUUCUCCGGGACAGCUGCAGAGACCAACAGGAGUCACUGUAGACAUGAACGGCGACAUCGUGGUGGCCGAUUAUGACAACAGAUGGGUCAGCAUCUUCUCCUCAGAUGGCAAGUUUAAGAAUAAGAUUGGUGCAGGCCGUCUAAUGGGUCCCAAGGGAGUGGCCAUGGAUAAAAACGGACACAUCAUCACAGUGGAUAACAAAGCCUGCUGUGUCUUCAUCUUUCAGUCCAAUGGAAAGCUGGUGACUAAGUUUGGAGGCAGAGGGACGUCGGAUAGACAGUUUGCAGGUCCACAUUUUGUUGCAGUGAACAACAAGAAUGAAAUUAUAGUGACGGACUUUCACAACCAUUCUGUGAAGGUGUACAGUGCCGAUGGAGAGUUCCUACUAAAAUUUGGCUCUCAUGGUGAAGGUAACGGCCAGUUCAAUGCGCCCACCGGUGUCGCUGUAGAUGCCAAUGGAAACAUCAUUGUUGCCGACUGGGGCAACAGCAGAAUACAGGUCUUUGAUAGCACAGGGUCCUUCCUGUCCUACAUCAACACGUCAGCAGACCCGCUCUACGGGCCCCAGGGCCUGGCCCUCACCUCCGACGGACACGUGGCCGUCGCAGACUCCGGGAAUCACUGCUUCAAAGUUUACAGAUACCUGCAGUAGAUAAAGGAAAGGCAUCAACAAAUCCUGCUUGAUUAAAUGAAUAUUUCAUACUACUUGUAAACAUUGACUGGCAAUGUUCCUGCAAACUGGACAAAUUCUUUGUUCAUUUACUUCAGAGCUUAGUUCAAAGAAAUUGCAAAAAUAUUUAAAUGAAAAAAUACAUUCCUAGAAUUAGAAGAAGAUAAAUAACUUUGAUUUCUGCCAGUAUAUCCACCCAGACACAGCCUGUCAGACUUGGCUGUUGGUGAUAAACCUAAUUAUUGGGUUAGAUUCAGGACUUUCAGUUACCAGCAAGGCUAACAUGCACUUACUAUUUACAACCAUAUUUUCACACGUUACCAUUAUUCGAUAAGACUGACAUAAGAAAGCUCAAACAGUAACUCAGAGAAUAAUUAAUAACUUUUGAAGUGUGGUUCUG